UUGUUGACAGUUCGGCCUGGUCAUGUGCAGGGUAAGGGAAGGAAAUAAAGAUGCUCACAGUUCUGUCAAUGGAAAUCAAGUGAAGUCGCAUCUUACUUUUGAAAGCUUACGCAGAUAAGUUAUAAAAAUGAAACUAAAUGUCAAAUCGCUGCGUUUCUUCGGUGGGUUUGUCUGUGGGGCAGCUGCAAGCACUGCAUCGUGUGUUGCAGCCUUGAGCAUUUACAAGGAAAAGAUCUUUCACGGAAAAGAGGAGGUUUUAGAGCCAUCUGCGGGAGUUGUCGGACGAUAUGGCUUUCCCUUGACGGGUGCUGACAUAAGAUUUUAUGCCAAUCAUACGCUGUCAUAUGACCAGGCCAGGCGAACACCAAGAUGGGUGGCAGAGCACAUAUCAGCUGAGAAAUUGUAUGGGAAUGCUGACCGAAAGCGUUGUAAGUUCAAGCCGGAUCCCAAUAUUCCUGUUCUCUUCACGGCACGCAACGAGGAUUACCUGGGCAGCGGCUGGUCCAGAGGCCACAUGACCCCUGCGGGGGACAAUAAGUACUCUGAGCAAGCAAUGGCGGAGACGUUUUACCUGUCCAACAUAGUACCGCAGAACUUUGAGAAUAACUCCGGCUUCUGGAAUAGACUGGAAAUGUACUGUAGAGACCUGACAAAACGAUUUCAGGAUGUGUGGAUCAUUUCGGGGCCUCUUGUCCUGCCUGCAGUGGGGGCUGAUGGGAAGAAAACCAUAUCCUAUGAGGUAAUCGGGAAAGAUGACGUGGCGGUCCCCACUCACCUGUUUAAAGUCAUCCUCGCCCAGAGGAAAGGUUUCCCAUCAGAAACACUGGCUUUAGGAGCCUUUGUGGUACCGAACCGCCCCAUUGGGUUUAAUCACCCCCUGACUGAGUUCCAGGUGAGUCUGACGGACCUGGAGAGGAUGUCCGGGCUGACUUUCUUCCCAAAAGUGAACCGGACCCGUGUCCCCGUAAAGAACCUCUGUAACCUGGACUCCUGCAGGCUAAUGAGCUCUAAAGAAUUCAGCCUUUACAUAGCCACCCGCAAGAUCGGGAGUGCCGGAAACGUUUUCAAGCUUGACAAGGCGAUGUCGGAGCUGAAAGAAGCUGGCAUCACCCCAGAUGAGUACCUGCUCAAGCUCUAUGAAGCGAAGAAGAAAGAGUUUGCAUCUAAAGAAGUUCCAGAAUACCAAAGAGGACAUUGAUGUAAACAGGACGUGAUUAAUUAGCUUCAUUUGGAGAUUCAGCAUUUUUACACUGAGAUAGUGGGUGUAGCAUUACAUGGUUGCCAACAUGCUGUUUUAGCUUUUCUGUUGUAUUAAUGAUGUGCAUAAGGGGAUACCUUUUUUACAGUCCAAGGUAGGGGAUGUUUUUUAAAGUUUGGUUUCAUGGUUUCAUUCAGUUAAUUGUGGCAUUGCAUUCAUUCCUGUUAUCUUGCAGUAGAACGAGAUGGUUGCAUAUUUAUCUACAACAACAACCAGCGGAUUAUGAACAUGUAAAACUAUUGUUAUGGACCUUUCAUUCUGGAGUAUUAAUUAUUUUUGUCCUGUUGAGCUUUACCUGUCCCUGGGAAAGUGGAUGUAGUAAUUCAGUGGGGUAAUAUAGCCUACUUCUAUUCAACUUUUAUGUUAACAUUGUUGUUUGUUUAACUUCAGCAUUCAUUUUGUGACAUUUGAAAUGUUUUAUGAAGAAAGAAACUACUGAUUUGGUGUCAUUCUUAA